GACUGACAGAUCCCGUGAUUCUUACGUAGUAUGUGAACAAUUUAUCGUCCACAUCUAGAGAUUUUUGAAGUUCAAGUAUUUCAAUAUUUAACUGAAAGUUUUUAAUAACAAGAUUAUUUUAGUUGAAAUUCAAUUAAUUUAUUGACUAAACAAUUUGAACAUGAAUUCAACAUCUUUUGAAUUAUUUAGAACAGUUGCCCUGUUAGUAUUGACACCUAAAUGUUUUGAUAAUUAUUUUUUAGAAAUGAAUUAUCUAGAUAGCUCCUGCUUCUUGUCAACAUUGAGUAAAGGCCUAGGUUUUGGAAUUAUUUUAGGUUCUUUAACAGUGAAAGUACCACAGAUAAUAAAAAUUUAUAAUGCCAAAAGUGGAGAAGGAAUAAAUAUUCUCAGUGUGACACUGGACCUAAGUGCAAUUACAAUUUAUAUGGCAUACAGUUUCGUCAAGGGGUUUCCAUUUAGUUCAUGGGGAGAUGCUAGUUUUCUAGCAGUUCAAACAGUACUAAUAGGAUAUUUAGUAUUGUUUUAUCAAGGAACUAUUGUCAAAGCAAUUCUUUAUUUAAUAACUUAUUUAAUAAUUUGUUAUAUUAUGAUGUUUGGUAUGGUGUCCAUAGAUAUUUUAUGGUCACUUCAAACAUUUAAUAUAUUACUAGUAGUUGCUGGUAAGCUUAUGCAAGCCUUUACCAAUUUUAAAAAUGGGCACACUGGUCAAUUAUCAGCAGUUACCUUAGUAAUGUUGCUAGCUGGAUCAUUAGCUAGAAUUUUCACUUCAAUGCAAGAAACUGGUGAUAACAUAGUCAUUUUGACUUACAUAGCUAGUAGUUUAGCUAAUGCUGUUUUAGUAACUCAGUUAGUUAUUUAUUGGAAUGUAGAUGCUAAGAGGAAAGUGGAUUAAGUUAGCUUUAUAUAUUGCUCUACAAAAGUUAUAGAAAUUUGUAAAUUUUGAGAUUGUGUUCUAACAAAUUUUUAGUCACCAAGUGUUCAUAUAUGUUUUACUGAAUACUUUUCUUUAUAUAAUGAUGGACUCACCUCUAUAUCCCGAAUCUUUUCAGGGAAAGCAAAAAACAGUAUAGUUCAUUCAAUUUUAUCGACAGUUAAGAUGUGAUAACUCGUAACUGUUAAAAUACAACUUUUUAGGAGAGGAAUAAAACUGUUUGAAAACCUCUUAUUUAUACUUGAUGAUCUAAAAGUGGAAUAUUCUUUAUUACAAUAAAUUAUAUUAUUCUUAAGUGAUAAAUAAGAGUUGGUACUAUUUACACUAUUACCAUAAAGUAAGAGGUGCAAAAAAAAUUAGAAAAAAAAUUAUAUCAUUGAAUAUCACAAAAAAACUAAUAAGAACUAAAACAAUUGUUCCAUUGUUUCUUAAUGCUAACUCCAAACUAAAUAUUAAAACGAUAAUUGUAAUAAAAUAAUUGAAAUGGGGCAAGUUAUCAUAAAAUGAGUGAUAGUCUUUAGGGAGCACAGCCUUCAAAUGCUGAAGAUGAUCCAAUUUUUGUUUCUUAAUUUUUAAUGGCUUUCUUCUUAAUUUUGGAAACGUUUUAAGGUCAGAGACAAGGUUUAUUAUAUUUUUUUCUUACUCGAAGGUUCUCUCAUUCAUCAGCAAAACCAAGUUUAACUUUAAUACUGCCAUCUGGACUGUAUUUUAUGACUUUAAUAUCAUUAAGUGUCGGAUCAUUUAUUCUCUUGCCAGGCCUAUUGGAAUCAUACUUUUGAUUUUGGGGGUAGUCUUUGAUGAAAUCAUGAGAGAUGUUUUUAACUUUAUAGUUUUCUUUUUGUCUGGCUUCUUCAGUGAUUCCGCAUUAGUUACUAGGCAAAUAAAUUGACUUAUUUUUAAGCUUUCUUUUGAUCAGUGCGUGAACUGAGUAUGCUUCCAUUUGGGUGUGUCCCUUCUCUAAAUAUUUUUGAUAAAUACAAAUAUUUUUGUGGACAUUUAAACUUAAUAAGGCAUUAGACAACACUGCAUUUUUAUUUUGAUAUCCACAUCUGUCGCUCCAAAUAAUUGUAGGUUUUGAUUUAUCUUCCAGCCCUAGAAUGUGAUCAAUUAUACAACUCUUAGAAGUAUUAGCAAUUAAAUCUGCUUCACAUUCGUUGAACCAGUAACAGCAAUAACGAUGUGUGUUUAAGUCGAAAAUUGUAAAAUUAUGUCAAAGUAGUUUAGUCUCAUAAUACAGGGCGGAGGCGUUACAAAAGGACAAAAUUCAACUGGUUGAACAUCCUGCGUUAAAAAAAAUUGUUUCACCUUGUAGACCCAUCAAUUUAUCCUUAGCCUUUUCUUUUCUUGUUAGCUGUUUUUUCUGAACGUGAGUUUGGUGACUUUUUUUUGGUCGUUGAAACUAAAUAUUUCUUUCUUUGAUCAUGUAGUCACAAGUGAAUCUAGAAAAUGGCUUUAUAGUAAGAUUUCCCAGCACAUCUCAGCGUAUUCGCGGUAAACCGCCUCAUAAAUCGGCUCAAUAUAAACUUUUGUAAUAGAUUGUCUACAAUAAUCAUUUUGGCAACAAAUCUAAAAACUCUAUCAGGUGUUGUUUAGCUAGUCUGUCUGAACCUGUGUCUUGCACUCUUAUCUCUCUUCUAUAAGCGUUACCCAAUUAGAAACAGUGCAAAGGCCGAAAGGAAAAAUUGUUUGCAUACAGGUAAAAUUUGUCCAUAAACAUCCUUUAUUGUAUAUCUCAAACUACUAGAACGUCGCUACUUUUCACCUGCACCUUUAAUCGAUCUUGUUCUUUCAGUUUUAAGAACAAGAGAAGCAAUGUACACCUUUUUCUGGUCCCAGCUCAUAUCUGACAAAAACGUUUUAAAUAGUUCUUGUCUGGUGUCUUCUGAAAUUUGGUGACAUUUACGAGUUUUGGAUUUCCUACACAAGGUUGAACUACAGCGUGGCCCUAUUUACUUUACCAACGUAUGCUUUUCCUUUUUAGUUCUUAAAGUCACUUCACUUCUAUUUUAUUGUCAACCCUUUCCUUUUUCUACUUUUCAAAAUGACAGCAUCGCAAUCAGACGAUUCUGCCUUGCUUUCAUCCGGUACAAAAUUAGGGUCACGAUGUUCUUGUAUUGUUAGCGUGUAUUCUUCUACUUGUUCGUUUUCCUUGUAUUUCGCUAUUUAUGUAUGUUCUAAUUCUGGUGCAUGCGUAUUAAGAUUUCCUUCUCUUUAUUGGCUAAGACAACUUCAUUAAACUCCAAAUAUUUUGUUAUUCGUUCGUCAGCUGAUAUUUAAGAAGGUCUCCAAUAUUUUCUUCUUCCUUAUUUUGGAUGAAGUCGUCAUGUAGAGAUGAACUAGGUGUAGGUUGAUACUGACUAUCGAAUAAAUGACUAGCAGAUAUUUCAUACCCAAGUUCGUUGUACCACGUACAUUUUUCUGAAUUUAAGUGCAAUUCAUCUUGUUUAUUUGAUACAUAAGUGCUUUUUGAGUGUUUCGCAUUUCAUUUCAAAUAUUUUCCGAGUUCCGGACGAAUAUUUUUUAAUUUCCAUCUUAAAGAGUUUUUAGUAGAUAAGAAAAUGCUCAUGAAAACUUAUUUGUGACUUAUUCUAAGGUGACAACUCGUAACUUUAAGAAUGAAUUGAAACAAAUUGAUAGUGAUAUCAAUUUUUCAGCAAUACUGUGACAACUCAAAAAAGGUCGUUUCGAGAAAAUCGACUUUAAACUUUUUCAGUUCUUCUAAGAUGAAUAUUUAGUAUCUCUUCAGUAACAAUACAUAUUACACUUCUCCUAUAUGAUAGAAAUUCCGAACCGAAUCGCUGGAUGAGCUAGCAUAUGUCCACAAUUAACGCUUAUAAUAUGUUAUUCCAGUGGAAAUAACAAGGGUGGGUCUUCAUUAAAGCGAAAAAAAUAGCAGCUGGAAAUAAUGCUGUUCUUCCAUCAAUUUGCAUUUCUUGUUCCUUUUAUAGAACCCAAAUCAGGUACCAAAUAUUUUCUUUCACCACUCUUUUUUCUGGGGUAAUAGGACUCCAAAAGUGGAAACAGUUUUAUGAACAUAAGAGGAAAUAGUGUUAUAGGUAAAAAACAAACUAUCGAGUAAUAAGCGUUUGAAAUUAAUUCUAACUUCACUUUUCACUUUUUGGAUGAUAACUCAAAAACUGAGAAAGUUACCGCAUUAGUAACUAUUUAGUUGAUAUUAUUUGAGAUAAGAUUUUUAAAUUUUUUUACUUAUGAUACUAUUUAAGUGGAGAUGCGAAAUGUAUACCAUUAUUAAUCUAUACUCAAAAUUCUGUACAAUAGAAGCUGUUGUAUAAUCUGAUAAAUACUCAGGGACUCAUAAUUAGUAGGCAGUCAGAGAACUACCUCGUAGGGGGUCCUGCAGUUGUAAAUCUUUCUUCGACGUUUCCAUUUCCUUGAAAUGUACUGAGAAGUUGCAAAUGGACACUUUCAAUGAUUUAGAAUUUGCAACUUCUCUCCCGAAACUACCAAACUCAAAAAUUCCUAAAGCUUAGCAUCAUCCUUAGUAAGUUUAUGUGUAGGCAUCAUUCAAAAUAAAAAUGUGAAUAGAGCAGAUCCAAUAACUGAUUCAGAAUAUAACUGAAAAACACAAAAAUUAGUCAGACAAGCAAUAUCAAUGUGUAAUACAGAAAAAAGCUGAGUAAAAAAUGGUUAAUACAUAUAAAUCCAGUAUUUAUAAAACUUCCUAACUUUUGUGGAGCAUUUUGUAGAUGUUUAUAAAUUUAUGUGUUAGCUAGUCGGGCAAUUUCGGCUAUUUUCUUGAUUGGCUAAGGUCAGCAUCACAUAAAUUAUAAACAAUUCAAAUGACUGCAUUUUCUAUUUAUAAAUAAUAUUUAACAAAGGGCAACACUAAGAUUAAAAUUAAAUUAUUACAAGAAUCCAUUUUUAUCAAUUCAAUUAUAUUUUUUCCAAGCACAAA